AGAUCCCGCGGGUCAAGGGGCAGAAACCAAGAACGAGGCCGGGCUCUGUAAAACUCCCUAUUCUGAGCAGCAACAAUACACCGCAGCAGCAGCACCUUCAUUUGAACCGAGCAAGUUCAAGCCAUGUCGGCACCGGAAGGUACUUCGGGGCCCGGCAGCGUUAGCAGCCCGCCGCUACCUGUCUACUUCGAGACUCAGGCCGCCGCGUCGCCGACCGUCCGCGGCGGCCCCGGUUCAGGCGCCGAGCAGGAACCCAGCAGCAGCGCGGGUCCCGACAUCGACACCGAAACCUGUCAUCUCGGCACCGACGCGGCUGCUGCUGGCCGCGGCCGCGCAGCGGCUGCUCCUACUGCUGCUGCUGCUGACGCGGGAGCGCCGGGUGGUGAGCAGCUGACGUGGCGGCAGGGCCAGCAGGAGCAGCAGCGGCAGAAGCAGGAAGCGGAGGAGGCUAGGGAGGCGGCGGAGGAGGAAGCGGCGGCGGCGGCGUCUCACGAGGCGGCAGUGGCGGCGCUGGGUGGGCUGCACGGCGCGGGUGGGGAGUACGAGGUGACUGGGCCGGUGGACGCCGCGGGCACACUGGGCUCACUGGCUGGAGGCGUGCUGGGUUCCGUGGCGGCCGGCAUUGCGGGCCUCAGCCUCACCGCCGCGUCGGCCGCCGUGGUGGGCGCGGCGGGUGUGGGCACCGCCCUGGGUGCCGCCCUGGGCUACGGCCUCAGCCCCACACGCCACCCGCACCGCCCGCCGCGGCAGCCGCACCAGCCGCCGGAGCUGCCGCCCCGCCGCGGCUCCCUCGGCAGUGGCGGCGGCGGCGGCGGCGGCGCCUCAGAGCCCCUCGGCGCCGGGACCCAGCGGGGCGGCCCCCGGCGGGAGGAGGCGGCGGCGGCGGAGGCCAGGGCGACCCAGCCGGCGGCUGGCGGCCGGACCUGGGGCUGGGGCUGGGGUGGCGGCGGCGGCGGCGGCGGUUUGGAUGGUGGCGAUGUUCCACUCCUGGGUGACGAGGACCUGGCCAUUGAGGCCACAUCCCCACGCGGCAGCGGCGGCGGUGGCCAUGGCGGCGGCGGCGGUCAGAUGCGGCGCCUGAGCGCACCCGUGGGUCUCAUGCCAGCGGCAGCUGCGGCGCCGCCGCCGCCGGGCGGUGUGUUGGGUCGGGAGCAGCCGGCCGAGGGGCCGCACGGGGCUGCCGCCGCCGCCGCGGUGGCGGGCGGUGCGGGCGGUGCGGGGGCCGGCGGCGGCGUGGCGGGUAUGCUGAGCAGUGCGGCGGCGGCGCUGGGGCACGGGCUGGGCGUGACCCACGGCAACACGCCGCGGUGGCAGGCACUGCCCAUUGCGCCCAUGCCGCCGGCUGCGGCGGUGGCGGUGGCGCGUGGGGCGGAUGGGGCGGCGGCGCAUGCGGAGGGGCAGGCGCAGGCCCGCCCGGCGGCGGCGGCGCCGGAGGCGGAGGAGCUGACGGAGUUGCUGCCGCCGGCGUGUCAGGGCGUGAACGCGGGUGUGUACAUGGGGCAUGGGCACACGCUGGCGGAGGAGGAGGCGGAGGGGGAGGGGGGAGGGGCGCUGUUGGGGGGGCGACAGGGAGAGCGCCGGGCGUAGAGUCGUUUGGUCGAUUGCAUUGGAAGAGAGAACUCAUGCAUGUUGAUGUCGCGUGGUGCGCGCACAGGUGGUGUGCGCGACUGAGGCUGCGGUGGGCGGCGGGCAGUGGGGACGUUGGCAACUAAGUAGAAAGCAUUUGCAGGCCGCGUUAGGAUGAAGAACACACUAUGCCACGAAGGGGGGGGGCGGACGCGUUGUGGGGGUCGUAGCCUCCAGCCGACGUGGCGGUGUGGGCGUGUGUGUGGCGUCCGAGGGGGCCGGGAGUCAUGAGCCGGUCACGCCUUCCCGCGAGGCGGCGGAUUGGCGUCUUAGCGAGAUGCAGGAACGAACACGGUAAAAUUGAAGUGCUGCACGCCAAUGCGCCAAAAGUAAGCAUUGACGGCAGCAUAAAUCCCUGUUGAUGC